AUGCCGGAACAGCGAUUCCAAGAACCAGACGGCUCAACAGCAUACCAGCUACAGCCAGGCCUGAGCGUCCCCUCCAGCACGCGGCCACACAUCCUGGCGCGCACCCACUCGUCGCCCAUCGCCACGGCGAGCCCUGCAGAUGACCACCACCAACACCAACAGCAGCAGCCAUGGCAGACAUUGCUGACGCCAGCAGCGCCGCAGACUGUGCGACUAGGCACAGAAGGCUUGGGCAUUGACGCCGAAAGCCGUUCCAACGGCUUCCUGCAGACCAACAACGAAGCCGAGCACCAAGUCAACAUUGCCAUCGUUGGCACUGUCGGCGUGGGAAAGUCAUCCUUCAUCCAGCAAUCCCUAGGUCUUGCCGUCCACCCGACAAGUCCCGUCACCUCCUGCCGCAUCGCUGUCGACAGCGCCUCUUUCUUGGUGCGCAUGCUGGAGUGCCAACUCGAAGACGUGAUCAUCGACAGAGACAACAGAAUCACCUGGCCCACAGACCCGCGCAUGCCCACUGUCGACGCCGCUUGCACCUUGUACGACGUCUCCAACAAAGACUCGUACCAAGACGUUCCUGUCGUCCUGAACGCGCUCGAGAAGGCGUCGAUCCCUUCGCUCCUUAUCUCAAACAAAUGCGACCGCUCCGAUCGCCAGCUCGACCCAAACAACAUCGAACACCGAGCAAAGGCCGUCCUCCGCUCCCUCAUCACUGUCCAGUCGUCCAUCUCGCAUGUCGACUCUCACUCAAAGGGAAUAACCAGCCUGCUGCAAGCUGUUUCCGUCCAGAGAGAUCCUGCCUUGUCUCGUCGUCGAACCAUAUCGUCCGCCCUCGCCUUCGGUCAUCCGACUCGAUCGAACCCACCUCCGAACCACGCCAGAGCAAGCUCCGUGCAGUCCAAUUCGAUGCGCAAAGACUCACGACACGACUCUACAACCAUGGCAACGAGUCCUCCAAAUCACCCGCAUAAGCCCAUCGACCUUGACUCAACAUUGGAUGAAGCGCGCGACGACAUGACUGAUUCUUCACACUCCGAACAUGCUUCUUCAUCCGAGGACGGUGGUCUCGACGUCGAUAGUCAGUCCGAAGCUCCCUCAGAUGAGCGUGGCUACUCUUUCGACAAUCUCGUUGACCGCCUUCUGAGGCUACCAAAAUCAAAAGCUGACACUCGUUUCGGUGCUGUCUUCCUUGCUCUCUACCGAACAUUUGCCGCCCCUGGUCAGUUGCUAGAAGCUAUAGUCCACCGUUUCGAAGCCCUAGAACAAGAAGAUGGUCCUUUCAUGACCAAAACAGUCUCGCAACUGCGCUAUCUCUCCGUCAUCGAGCAAUGGAUCGGCACUUAUCCGGGAGACUUUGCUCACAUCAAGACUCGACGUCGGAUGCGUACCUUUGUAGCCAAAUUGGCAAACACUCGCAUCUUCUCCGCCGCAGCGCGCGAGAUGAGUUGUGACCUGGACGUUGUGACAGAAGACGAUGAUACAAACUGGGCGUGCUGUGACUUGGACCGUGAGAAACGUGGCCUUCUAAGUCCUGAUCUAAGCUGGUCAUCUCGAGUCAGCACACUCUUGGAUGAUCCGGACUUUGACUUUGGCGACAAUCUUGGAAGUCUGUCUCUAGAUGGCGGCCAAAAUAGAAACCAAGUGCAUUCACUACAUACCGAUUUUGGUAUGCUCCAGACCGUCGACGCAGCGAGGAGGCAGGGCCCUUCGCUCGUGCCAGUGCCGAAAACUCCGAUUAGCAAAGCGCAUUGGCACAUGCUGAUGGAGACACCGACAGAUUCAAUUGCUUGUGAGCUGACACGGAUCGACUGGAUCAUGUUCAGUGCGGUUCGACCACGCGACCUGGUACGGCAUGUCUCGUUGUCUCAAACGCAGAAGGCCCAGUGCAAGUCGUUGGUGCACGUCAGUCGCAUGAUUGAUCACUUCAACCACGUUCGAGACUGGGUAGCCAACUUGAUCUUACUCAGAGAAAAGGCCAAACAUCGAGUUCUGAUGUUGGAAAAGCUUAUGCAUGUCGCUCGCAAGUUGCGAGAGAUGAACAACUACAAUUCGUUAGGAGCAUUCCUCGCCGGCGUCAGCAGUGCUGCUGUACAGCGACUCGCAGCUACUCGAGAGCUGGUGUCCCCAGAAACUGGCAAAGAUUGGAUGAAGUUGGAGAUCUUGAUGUCCCCUACAAAAUCAUACUCAGCUUAUCGACUGGCUUGGGAAAACUCAAGCGGAGAGAGAAUACCAUUCCUUCCCCUGCCAAUCAGAGAUCUUGUCGCUGCCGCAGAAGGCAACAAGACGUACAUCGGCGAUGAGGUCAAUGGAAGAAUCAACUGGCGCAAGUUCGAAGUCAUGGGAGAGACAAUGGUUGGGAUUCAGAGAGCUCAAGGCCUGCCUUACAGAAACUCGAUGCUCGGCCCCAGGAACGAUGAGUUAAGAGCCUUGAUUCUGAACAGCAACAUGAUCAGAGACGAUGAGGUCCUCUAUGAACGCAGCUGCUUCGUCGAGAACGCAGACAGAAGAGGACUACGCGAACUCUUCAGACGCGCGUAG